GACUUGUGACUGUGUCUGUAAAAAUCCAAGCAUACACCUCCUUCCUAGCUGUUAUUAAUGUCGGCGGCAUAACUCAUAGAGAGGGACUCUUGGCGAUUGAUUGAUGGAGAAGAAAAAGAAGAAGAUGCAACUUCACAGAAAAGAUAAAGAUGAUUUAGGCGGAAUACUCCGUAAAUCAUGGUACCAUUUGAGGCUAUCAGUUCGUCAUCCCUCUAGGGUUCCCACUUGGGACGCUAUCGUCCUCACGGCAGCCAGUCCAGAGCAGGCCGAGCUCUAUGAAUGGCAACUCCGACGCGCCAAACGAAUGGGCCGUAUCGCCAGCUCCACUGUCACACUCGCUGUUCCUGAUCCCGAUGGUAAGCGGAUCGGCUCAGGUGCCGCCACACUCAACGCAAUCUAUGCACUUGCUCGUCAUUAUCAGAAGCUCGCUUUUGAUCUCGGACAACAGGAGGGAAAUGGAAGCAAUAGGACUGUUGAAUCUUCUGUGGUAAAUGAAAGUUUGAAGGAUGAAGACAAUCUCUUGCCUGUAGUUAAUGCCAUUGCGAAAAAGCAUAUACUAUUGCUUCAUGCUGGUGGUGAUUCGAAAAGGGUUCCAUGGGCAAAUCCUAUGGGGAAGGUUUUCCUGCCACUUCCAUUCUUAGCAUCAGAUGAUCCGGAUGGCCCUGUUCCACUUCUUUUUGAUCAUAUACUCGCCAUCUCCUCCUGUGCAAGACAAGCUUUCAAGGAUGAAGGCGGAUUGUUUAUUAUGACAGGGGAUGUGCUUCCAUUGUUUGAUGCUUCCACUAUGGUUCUUCCAGAUGAUACAUCCUGUAUCAUUACUGUUCCUAUUACUCUUGAUAUUGCUUCUAACCAUGGUGUUGUCGUAGCAUCCAGAAAUGAGAUUCAAAAUGAAAACUACCAGCUCAGCUUAGUUGAAAACCUUCUUCAGAAACCUAGUGCGGAGGAGCUUGUUAGAGGUAAUGCAAUUUUGGAUGAUGGCCGAACAUUGCUUGACACAGGAAUAAUUGCAGCUAGAGGAAAGGCCUGGGAGGAUCUUGUUAUGCUUUCGUGUUCCAGUCAGCCACUAAUUUCAGAACUUUUGAGGAGUGGAAAUGAGAUGAGCUUGUAUGAAGACCUUGUAGCUGCUUGGGUACCGACAAAGCAUGAGUGGUUGUUGUCACGCCCUUUGGGUCAAGAACUUGUCAGUACAUUAGGAAGCCAAAAGAUGUUCAGCUACUGUGCUUAUGAUUUGUCAUUCUUACAUUUUGGUACUUCAAGUGAAGUGCUGGAUCAUCUAAGUGCGGCUGGUUUCGAACUUGUAGGCCGACGACACUUGUGUUCCGUCCCAGCAACCACUGUAUCAGAUAUAGCUGCAUCUGCCAUCAUUCUUUCCAGCAAGAUUGCACCCGAGGUUUCAAUUGGAGAAGAUUCUCUCGUAUACGAUUCAACAAUUUCAUGUGGGACUCGGAUUGGUUCUCUGGCCAUAGUCGUUGGGCUCAGUAUGCCAGUUGAUCCAUUCAAGUUCAUGCUUCCUGAUCGCCAUUGCGUUUGGGAAGUGCCAUUAGUUGGAUGUACUGGAAAUGUUAUUGUUUACUGUGGCCUCCAUGACAACCCUAAAAGUCCGAUAUCUAAAGACGGAACUUUCUGUGGGAGACCAUGGAAAAGGGUCCUUGAUGAUUUGUCAAUUCACGAAGCGGACUUGUGGGGGUCCACAACGACUCAGGAGAAGUGCUUGUGGACAGCAAAAGUAUUUCCUAUUCUUCCUUAUAUCGAGAUGCUCAAAAUGGCUAACUGGCUGAUGGGUCUGAAUGAGAGAAAAAAUGAAUGGUGUCUCUCGUUGUGGAGAAGCUCCCGUCGUGUCAGUUUGGACGAAUUGCAUCGAUCGAUUGACUUUCGGAAAAUGUGCUCAGGAUCUGGAAAUCACCAGGCAGAUCUUGCAGCUGACAUUGCUAAAGCUUGUCUCAGUUUUGGCUUACUUGGUCGCAAUCUUUCUCAAUUGUGUCAUGAAGUUCUACAAAAAGGAGACACUGGAGUCGAAAUAUGUAAAGACUUCCUAGAAGCCUGUACUACCAACCUUGAGGGGCAGAAUUCCAAGGUCCUUCCUAAAAGCCGAGCUUAUCAGGUUCAAGUUGAUCUUUACCGAGCAUGCAAUAAUGAAAAUGCAGCGCUUGAAUUAGAGCAUAAAGUGUCGGCCGCAGUUGCUGAAGAGACUGCUUCUGCAGUAAGAUAUGGACUCAAAGCUAUACUUGAACCCUCUAAAUCCAAUAGACUACCAGCACAAGGCAAUGAUGACGAAGUGAACCAAGUCAAAAAUUCCACAGGUGAAUAUUUCUGCCAUAGAAUUGUAAAAGUCGAGUUACCUGUCCGUGUGGAUUUUGUUGGCGGUUGGAGCGAUACUCCCCCUUGGAGCUUAGAACGUGCUGGAUGUGUCCUAAACAUGGCAAUAAAUUUGGAAGGCUCGCUCCCAAUUGGUGCAAUCAUAGAAACCUCGAAAACUUACGGAAUAGUGAUAAGUGACGAUGCUAGUAAUGAAUUGCAUAUAAAAGAUCUAACCUCAAUUGCAGCUCCUUUUGACUCGAAUGACCCAUUCCGUCUGGUCAAGUCUGCAUUGAUUGUGACUGGUCAAGUUUCCAUGGGCGGGUUACGAAUUCGAACAUGGGCGAAUGUUCCCCGUGGUAGUGGCUUGGGAACUUCUAGUAUUCUAGCGGCUGCAGUUGUUAAAGGAUUGCUUCAGAUAAGUGAAGGAGAUGAUAGUAAUACAAAUGUAGCUAGACUUGUUUUGGUUUUGGAGCAGCUGAUGGGUACUGGAGGAGGCUGGCAGGAUCAAAUCGGAGGUUUAUAUCCUGGCAUUAAGUUUACUGCGAGUUAUCCUGGAGUUCCUCUAAGGCUUCAAGUGAUUCCUCUCUUGGCUUCACCUAUGUUGAUUAGUGAGCUGAACAGAAGGUUAAUCAUUGUAUUUACUGGUCAAGUUCGAUUGGCACACCAAGUCCUCCAGAAAGUUGUUACUCGAUAUCUUAGACGUGAUAACUUGCUAAUAUCGAGCAUUAAGCGACUUGCUGAACUAGCAAAAUUGGGAAGGGAUGCAUUAAUGAACUGUGAUAUAGACCAGUUAGGUGAGAUAAUGAUGGAAGCUUGGCAGCUUCAUCAAGAACUAGACCCUUACUGCAGUAAUGAAUUUGUGGACAAGUUAUUUGCUUUCGCGGAUAGCUACUGCUGUGGCUACAAACUUGUGGGUGCUGGAGGUGGCGGUUUUGCAUUAUUGUUGGCCAAAGAUGCUGAGAGUGCUAACCAUUUAAGAUCCUUGCUCGAAAAAGGUUCUUCUGAAUUUGGCGUAAAGGUAUAUAAUUGGGAAAUAUCUUAGAAAGGUAAAUGUUCUUUUCGUUACAAUAUACUAUUCUAUUUCAUUGUAUGAUUUGUGUAUAUAAUACUCGCAAAUUCCAAUUCUACAAUAAUUGCCAUUACAAUUCACAAUUAUGAA